AUGGGCGCAUUUAAGAAUAUCGUGGAGCCUGGGGCCAUCGUUGCCAUUUUCACCAUCGGAACUUGGGUCAACCGGAGAAAGUCACAGAUACUCGAUGCAGACCAUCGUACACCGCUGCUUGAGGAACAUCCGGAAGAUCAGGAGUCGGGAAUCCAUGCGGCCGAAUCACGCUCAGUCAGGAACAGUCAAUAUCUCUACUCACGAAUAUUAGCCCGAUUUCCCUUUCUGGUGGAGAUUCUGUAUUGGCUGUUAACUUAUUGGAUCUAUCAAGGCUGUCGAGCUAUCUCUGCACGGGUCAUCGCAGGAAAUAAACCUAUUUUCCAACUCGCCCAAGACCAUGCACUUCAAAUUCUCUCGUUGGAACACCACCUCUUCCUCGAUAUCGAACUCUCCACCCAACGAUUCAUCCUUGAUCGGUACCCCUGGCUAAUGAAUAUUCUAGCCAAAAUCUACUACUCUCACAUAGUUCUCGGAGUCGCAUUUCUAGUUUACUGCUAUACAUUCCUCUCUCGAGCUCGAUACCAAGGUAUCCGACGAACCUUGGCGCUGGAGAAUGUUAUCGCAUUUAGCAUCAUAUCAUUAUGGCGGUGUAUGCCACCUCGUCUAUUACCAGAGGAGUAUGGGUUCAUCGAUGUCCUCCAUAAUGGGAACUCAGGUUCUGCAUGGACUCAGAAUAAGUUCCAGUUGACGAUUGCUGCUAUGCCGUCGUUGCAUUUUGGGAACUCUAUUCUUAUUGCGUUUUGUUUGGUGAUGUAUAGCCCCCAUGUGUUCCUUCGAGCGAUUGCUGUUCUCUGGCCUAUUAUGAUGGGGUUGACCGUUGUUGCGACGGCAAACCACUUCAUUCUGGAUGGGGUGGUCGGAGUUGCGGUUAUUUCGGCGGCGUUCUAUUUCAAUCGAGUGAUGCUGGUUCUGUUGCCUGUGGAACGGGGAUUGUUUCGAUUGCUUCGAUUGGAAAAGCCGAGAGAUUAG